AUGCCUCGUGCGUCAGGCUCUGGCAAGCGACAAUCCGGCGGCGGUCAUCGCGACUCCUCCAAGCACGACAAUGGCGCUGUAACCUCCGCUAAACGGGGUUCCAGAAAGAGCCACUCUGCUAACGGGUCCAGCUCUGCGAAGCCUCUUGAAAACGGUGCUGCUCUGCCAACACCUACCUCGUCGCUUCACAACGGCCACGCCAACGGUCACGCCACCGCGCCUGCCGAUGCCGCUGCCAAGUCGCCCUUCGACGCCGCCAUGUCUACUCGACUCCCCGACGAUAAGACCGCCCUCGACGCUGCCAGGAGAGCCUCGCUCGGUGAAGAAUCCGAGGCCUCAUCCGACCACUUCCACAACGCCGCCACCCACGUCCUCAACGGCCAUGCCAAUGGUGUCCCCGUCAACGGCUCCCUCAGACAGAUUGAUGUGAAUUAUCCCAAAAACUCCGACGUCCAUCGCGACUCUGGCAUCCUCGACAUGGCUUCCACCGUCCUCCGCGCUCUUCCCAUGCAGGACACCCUCGCAAUUCUUAUCAUCCUCAUGCACGUUCCCACCAUCUCUCUUCUCGUUAUUUACGGCAUCUUUGCUUGCAUCACUUUUGUCCCCCCCGUCAGGACCACCUCCGGUAUGCCUCUCAACCUUGCCGAAAUGUUCGACGCCAACUCCACUACUCCGUCCCUCUUCGUCGUCGCUUGUUUGGACUUUGUCUUCCUGCUCAUAUGGCUCUUUCUCUGGGCCCCCAUCCAGGAUGCUGUCCUUGAUCUCGCCAAGCCAGUCAUCGCCAUUACCCUUGGCGGCGCUACCCGCAACGAUCCCUCUUUUCGAGGCAUCCGCACUGGCUUCACCUGGGUCUUUCUAUAUCACAUAAUCCGCGGCACGCAGUCCCAAUGGGGCCAUCUCGUUCCCAACAUGCCCGCUGCUUGGAAAAAAGUUCUCUCCGAGGAAACCCCCAUAGGCUAUUAUAGCAAGCUCUACGACAAUUCGAGCCCCUAUGCAUGGGUUAGAAGCGUCCUUGCGAUACACAUUUUAACCCAAAGUCUUAUUCGAUUUAUACGAGAAUGGUAUCUGCGUCGCGAAAAAGGCGGCUCCAAUCCAUCCGACCCCGAGCUCGCCAGACAGCACUCCGCUCACAUUGCGCUUCCCGACGCCGCCAAUGACGCCAGCGCAACCCCAAACGACACUGAUACUGCAAUAUCGACACCCGCGUUGCCACAGCCGCCGCCGACCCCGCAACUUUCCACCGCCAAGAAGAGGAGGAAACAGAGUGCCCAGGUGCGACUUAAGCAGCCACUCUGGGCCGCUCUUGCUAGUACCAAGAUCGUUGUCGUCAAGGAAUACGAGCUAAGCCACGCACCGUCCGAGUCUGCUCGCGCCAACGCGACCGACAUUCACAACCUGGGAAAUGCCACCUUUUACCGCGAGCCGAGGCAGAUUUGGAUCACCUAUAUCGGUAGUGAUGAGGUCUGCUUUAGCACAAGCUACUUUGCCCACGCUGAAUUUGAUCCGUCUUCGCCCUGCUCGGAAUUGACCUCGAAUCUCCCCUCACGCCCGCCCGGCAUCGACAUGACCAAGCCGUUUUACGUGAGAGUGAAUAGUGCUCUUUGGCAGCCCACUCGUAUGCACGCUCUCAAGGAACUCGACGACGAACCAAGCGAGGCAUCGUGCUGGACAGGCGACAUUUACGGUCUACGUCCGGCGUCCAAGUACGUCUGCGAAUUCGUCGACAGCCGUACCGACAAGGUGCUUCUUACCGCCAACAUUCGCACCAUUAAGGAAGUGCUGCAAUCCAGGGACGGCUCGUCGCCCAUGGUAUCUGAUGGUCCACAGUCGCUGCGCCCUGACUCUCCCGUGACCACGCUCAAGACAUCGAUCGAUGCUGCUCAGGAGAGGCUCACACACGAAAGGAAUCACUUGAAGAACCUGCGCAAAGACUGCAAGAUUCGCAUCAACGCGCUGAAAAAGGAAAAUGAAGCCACCGAUAACCAGCUUGCCACCGCCGGAAGUAGUGACGAACGGUACCGACAAAAGAUUCGCCAGCAGGAAACUCAGCGCACCCAGGCAGAGCGCGAGACGGAACAGCUCGCGGAUACUGUGAGACGCUACGAUUCGUCCCCGGAGCUUGCCGAACAUAAGAGAAAGGUUGAGCGGACUUUUGCGGCGGAAAAGAAGGCGUUUGAAGCUGCCCAGAGGGAGUUCCUCAAGCACCGUUCAGAGCUGGAAAGCGAAUUCGCGGCCAAGGGCAUAGAACGAUCGAAUCUUAACGCGCGUCGAAACAAGAUUGCGACCCGCAUCGCCAAAGUGGACAAUGAGCUCGUGAACCUCAGCGAUGCCAACAGUCGAGGAAUCAAUGAGGCCGAGCGCCGUAAGAAGCAGCAUGACAUGCAAGUAGGAAAGAUCUUGGCCAUGCGUCAACAGUACCUGGACCGCAUUGAUGAUAUCAAAGGUGACAAUGGGGAGCGUUUAGAGACGAUCCUCAACCUGCGGGGACAACUUGAAUCUCUGGCGCCGGCGAUGGCUACUGCUAACGGAGGCAUGAUGGAGGGCGUUGACCCUGGCAUGGUGCCAUUUCCGCCACCGCAGACGACUCCUUGGAACUCUAGUGCGGUACCGGCUACCCUUGGUGGUAGCCUUGGUGGUGGCCACUGGCCGGCCAGCUCGGCUGACAUGCAGCCCUCUUUGUCCGGCCCAGCUCUUGCUCCGUCGGCGAUGAUGUGGCCGGGUUCUCUGACGACGACGGUGUAUGGAAAGACUAGGGCGAGGAUGCGUAGCUCUAGUAUGCUGAGCGAUGUCAGUGGCUUCACCGGCUCGAGCGAUGGCAGCCUCCAGAAUUCGCCCUACUUUCACUACCAGCAGCCGAUUGGAAAUUCGGUACGCGGCCACCGCGGCAUGGGUGCCAACCGAAGCAAUGGAAGCAGCGGCAGCGGUGGAGACGGCAACUCAAUGUGA